GCUCCCUGUCAGUCUGAGCUCAGGGCGCAAGCUCCGAGCACGAUCGCCUGUUUCCGGUGACGUAUAGCGACAGCGCGGGAACCGUCAGUAGAGUCUGAGUAGAAACGGGAUGAAGGUUUAUUUCUGCGGCAGCAUCCGCGGCGGGAGGGACGACGUGCACGUGUACCGGAGGAUCGUGCACGCGCUACAGAGCUACGGGACCGUAUUGACCGAGCACGUGAGCAGCGCCGAGCUCAGCGACAGAGGUCAGAGGUCACACACAGAAAACUCAUAUGCUCAUAUGAACAAAGGAGAGAACAAUGCAGCGUCCGGGGACCAGGCCAUUCACAACCGAGACUUGGAUUGGCUGCGUCAAUCUGAUGUGGUUGUUGCCGAGGUGACGCAGCCGUCUCUGGGUGUUGGCUACGAGCUCGGUCGAGCCGUCGAUAUGAAGAAAAAAAUCUUCUGCCUGUUUAGACCAUCGUCAGGACGAAUCCUGUCGGCCAUGAUCCGAGGAGCCACUGACGUCGAGAACUUUGUGGUGCGAGAUUACAGCAAGGACGAGGUGGAGAAGGUUCUGGAACAGUUCUUUAGUAGCCUGAAAAACUGAAAGCAGCUGUUCCAGAUGUGCAUCACCUUCCUAAAUAAAGUGAAGCCCUGUGAUUGGUCCAUGUCUGUUAAAAUCAAAGCAAUUUCUUUUCCAAUUGAGAUCGUGAAUGUUCUUGUGCUUUUAAUGUGAAGGGACAUGCUUCACGUGUCUCUGAGGAUAUUUCUUGCUGAAAUGGUCAUUAUGGUUCUGAUGGUUUCAGGUGAUUCUCUUCUAUUUUUUUCCUGAAACUGUUAAAUUCAAAGACUCUGAUUUGGUUCAUACUUAAUGUAAAAGUUCAAAGGUCCCCCUGCAUUAAAAUACUUCGGACAGUC